GCUGACCGUGUCCUGUGAGAGGCUCGGACGGACAGAACUAAAGGCUGAGGCAUAGCUGGCCGGGGAUUUCAGAAGGGGCGUGGCUGGCCCUUCAUACACUGACACCAGCGACCAGCCACCAGUCAGCGGGCGCCUUAUUCUGUUGCUAGGAAAGCGGUUGCCAGGUGGAAGGAGUCGCCCCGGCGCUGAUUGGAGGAAGCUGGAGGUCACGUGGCCACCCCUCCUACUAGCGCCGGUACCCAUUGUCUCGGGAUCGCGCACCGGAGUGUAGGCGGCGGGAGCGCGCCCUUCCUUCCCCAGCGAUUUACGUAUACCGGCCUGUAUCACUGGCCCUGACAGCUGACAUCCUCUGUGCUGCGCACACUCACAUGCAGCAGGUAUCCCUGUGUGAGUGCCUGUGAUUGCUGUCUGUAUGAAGACACAUACAGGUGAGCAGCCGCUGAUGUCACAGGGUACACCAUUGCCACUGAGCAGACACAGCGCUGAUGCUCAGAAACAAAUAAUGCAGAUCAUAGAUGAGAUUGGGAAGUCAUCAGCUAAGGCCCAGCGGUUACCUGCUCCAAUAACCAGCGCCUCGCGGAUGCAGACAAAUCAGCAUCAUCUCUAUAUUUUAAAAGACUGCACCCCUAAAACAGCCGGUCGGGGGGUCGUGAUUGGUUUCCUCAAGGUUGGAUAUAAGAAACUUUUCGUGCUGAACCACUCAGGAUCCCAUAUAGAAGCUGAACCUCUAUGUAUUCUCGAUUUCUAUAUUCAUGAAUCCCUUCAGCGUCAUGGGUUUGGGAAGGAACUUUUCAACUUCAUGCUCCGAACUGAGCAGGUUGAACCUCGGCAUCUUGCUAUUGACCGACCUUCUGAGAAGUUUCUGUCCUUCCUGAAGAAACAUUACAACCUUUGUGCGACUAUCCCGCAGGUUAAUAAUUUUGUCAUCUUUGAAGGUUUCUUCAGGGACAGGAAAGCCCCAGGCAGAAAAUUACCACCCAAGCGAGCAGAGGGAGAGAUCAAGCCGUACUCCCUGUCUGAGAGAGACUUUCUGAAACAAGAGGAAGGCCUUCCUUGGCCUUUGAGCCAGGGACAGUCUCCCCUAAACCGCGCCGGCAGCCUUGGUUCUUCACCCACACGGGCCUGCUCCCGAUCAACUCACGGAGAAGAGGAAUUUAUGAAGUCACUGAGAGCCUGUAGACCUCACUCACUCCAUAGAGCAGCCAAUGGCGAACAGGAGGAUACUUCCCAGAGGAGAAGGACCAGCGAUAUGAAUCUCUCCCGCGGACUCCUGGCUCAGAGAAGCUGCUGCAGUCGCUACAUGUCUCCCUCUCCCCCGCUUCUCACCAGAGCGCCACCUACAGUGGAUUUUAAAGAAGAGCAAAAUAAGGCCAAUAAAGGAGUGAGAAGAGAGCCAGCAGCAGAAGAAACUCCUCAUUUGAACGUCCAGCCUGGAACUGACAAAACAGACAUUAAGGAGAAGCAUCAUGAACAAACCAUAACGCUGUCAAACCAACAGACACGGGGGGGACAUAAGGGCACACUAAGGGACGAGGGACAUAAUAAAACCUUCAGCCCAGAUGUUUCCACGUCUCCUUGGUCGGAGCAGCCGUCAUGGACGGUGUUGGGCACAGCAAUGAAUGCACAGUGGGUGAAGCGGAAACAGGAGCUGCGGGGAACACGUCCGUGGUGAGAGGAGGCAGAAGGCUACGGAGGCAGGGAGCAGCACUUGGCACAGACACUUUCUUAUAAUAAGCACUUUAUACAAAAGAAUAAACCAUACAGGUUUUUUUAUAGCAAGGAUCUUUGUCUCAGAAGUUCUUCCACUUCUCCAACAACAAAUGGUAUUUGUCAUAGCUCACAGAUAGAACUACAUUACCAUCUGGAUCAUAAAAAUAAUCCUUUAUUUAUACCAGUGGUACUCACCCUUCGUGUUUGAAGUUGCUGGUUCUGAGUUGCAUGUAAUGUGGUCACAAUUCCGGACGUCUGCAGCGAUCGCAAGUCCUAUGCCACUGUCCACCCACAGGUAUAUAUGUCACCCCCCAUCCUUCCCUCCUCCGGCCUCCAGGGCAGCAGUCAUUACUACGAGCAGCACGUACACUUACCCCCUGCUUGCUGUAGGGCAGUGGUUCUCAAACUGUGUGGCGUGGCACCCUGGGGUGUCUCGGGACACUUGCAGGGGUGCCCUGGGUUGGUGGUCCAGGACCAAUUCAAAUUAUUUAUGGUCAGU